AUGGGAACUAAACAGACUCACAUCCAUACAGUGAGGCAGGCCAGCUUCCUGCUGAGAGCAGCUCUGUUCUUCUUCGUCCUGCUGCUGUCCGGGCCACAGCUCGUGGUUUCAGACUCAGAUGAGGCGAUCCUGACUGAGUGGGAGAUCUGGAAGACCAACAAUGGCAUAGCCUACGAUGGAAUAGACGAUAUGCAAAGGAGGGUCAUCUGGGAGGAGAACAAGCGGAUUAUUGAUGACAAUAAUCACGGAUAUUUCAUGGGGAUGAGGCCGUUCAGUAUGGUCAUGAACAAAUAUGGAGACCUGACAAGACAAGAGUACCAGCUUCUGCAAGGUGCCUCGAUAGAUGCUAGAUUCGCGACGAGAGGGAGGACCACCUCGGCCCGAAAGCUGCGUAACAACGCCAGGAAGUUAGAUGCUUAUGUUGUCGACUACAGGAACAUGGGUUACGUGACGGAGGUGAAAGAUCAGGGUUACUGCGGUUCAUGCUGGGCCUUCAGCACUACAGGAGCCAUUGAGGGACAAAUGUACAAGAGGACUGGUCAGCUUAUAUCUCUGAGUGAACAAAACCUGGUGGACUGCUCCAAAUCUUACGGUACCUAUGGCUGCAGCGGUGCAUGGAUGGCCAACGCCUACGACUACGUGGUCAGCAACGGGCUGCAGGCGACAAACACCUACCCGUACACCUCAGUGGAUACCCAGCCAUGUUACUACGACAACAGACUUGCGGUCGCUCAUAUCAAGGACUACAGGUUCAUACCCAAAGGAGAUGAGCAGGCUCUGGCUGAUGCCGUGGCAACUAUCGGUCCAAUCACAGUAGCCAUCGAUGCAGAUCAUGCAAGCUUCCUGUUCUACAGCUCAGGAAUAUACAACGAGCCCAGCUGUAACCCGAACAACCUGAGUCACGCUGUGCUGCUGGUUGGCUACGGCACCGAACAAGGCCAAGACUACUGGAUCAUCAAAAACAGCUGGGGUACCGGUUGGGGUGAAGGCGGCUUCAUGCGAAUCGUCCGAGAUGGCAGAAACGCCUGUGGCAUCGCCAGCUACGCCUUGUACCCGAUUCUAUGA